AUGACUCUCCGCCGACUCAGGAAGCUGCAGCAGAAAGAGGAGGCGGCGGCAGCACCGGACCCCGCCGCCCGGGCUCCAGACUCGGAAGUCCUGUCCGCCGCUCCGGCUCCAUCUCCGACCCCGACCUCGGGCCCCACCGCCGCAGCCGCCGCCCCUGGCGCUCCGGGGGACGGGCUGUACGCGGCGCUGGAGGACUAUCACCCCUCCGAGCUGUAUCGCGCGCUCGCAGUGUCCGGGGGUACCCUGCCCCGCCGAAAGGGAUCAGGAUUCCGAAGGAAGAACCUUAGCCAGACUCCUGAGCAGCAGCGGAAAGUGCUGACACUGGAGAAGAAGGAAAAUGAAACCUUCGGCUUUGAGAUCCAGACCUAUGGCCUUCACCACCGGGAGGAGCAGCGAGUGGAGAUGGUGACCUUUGUCUGCCGAGUUCACGAAGCCAGCCCUGCCCAGCUGGCUGGGCUCACACCUGGAGACACCAUCGCCAGUGUCAAUGGCCUGAACGUGGAAGGCAUCCGGCAUCGAGAAAUUGUUGACAUCAUUAAGGCAUCAGGCAACGUGCUAAGAUUAGAAACGCUGUAUGGCACUUCCAUCCGGAAGGCAGAGUUGGAGGCGCGUCUGCAAUACCUAAAGCAAACCCUAUAUGAGAAGUGGGGUGAAUAUAGAUCCCUAAUGGUGCAGGAGCAGCGACUGGUGCAUGGCAUCGUGGUGAAGGACCCCAGCAUCUAUGACACACUGGAGUCGGUGCGCUCCUGCUUGUACGGUGCGGGCCUGCUCCCGGGCUCACUGCCCUUCGGGCCGCUGCUGGCCGCACCUCGGGGUCCCCGUGGGGAUGCGCAGCCCACUGGAGGGGACACAGAGGACGCUGUCUACCACACCUGCUUCUUCAGGGCUGCAGAGCCACCUGCGCUGCCGCCCUUGCCUCCUCCCGCCCGCACCCCCGGCCCAGUCCCCGCAGAGACCACGGGCUCCAGGCCACCCCCAGAGCCGAGGGCCUGGCUGAGCCGUAGCGCCAGCUUGCGCUGCGCGGGGCCCAGUGGAGGCAGCGGGGGUGCACCGAGCAUGCUCUGGACUGAGGCCCGGGAGCAGGCCCUGUGCGGGCCCGGCCUCCGCAAGACCAAGUACCGCAGCUUACGGCGGAGGCUGCUCAAGUUCAUCCCCGGACUCAACCGCUCCCUGGAGGAGGAGGAGAGCCAGCUGUAG